AUGGGUGAGAGGAAGCAGACCUCAGCCUCCGCCUCAGCCCCUCCCUCAGCCCCUCCCUCAGCCCCUCUCUCAGCCCCUCCCUCAGCCCCUCCCUCAGGCCCUCCCUCAGGCCCUCCCUCAGCCCCUCCCUCAGCCCCUCCCUCAGCCCCUCCCUCAGGCCCUCCCUCAGCCCCUCCCUCAGCCCCUCCCUCAGCCCCUCCCUCAGCCCCUCCCUCAGCCCCUCCCUCAGGCCCUCCCUCAGCCCCUCCCUCUGCCCCUCCCUCUGCCCCUCCCUCUGCCCCUCCCUCAGCCCCUCUCUCAGGCCCUCCCUCAGCCCCUCCCUCUGCCCCUCCCUCAGCACCUCCCUCAGCCCCUCCCUCUGCCCCUCCCUCUGCCCCUCCCUCUGCCCCUCCCUCUGCCCCUCCCUCAGCCCCUCCCUCUGCCCCUCCCUCUGCCCCUCCCUCUGCCCCUCCCUCUGCCCCUCCCUCAGCCCCUCCCUCAGCCCCUCCCUCAGCCCCUCCCUCAGGUCCCAGUGGGCUGGUGGUGUUUGGGCGACUGGUGCAGAAACACAGCUAUGUCAGCGCUCUCAUCAUCAUGAUGAUGUGGAGCAUCACCUAUAACAGUUGGCUGACCUUCCUGCUGCUGCUGUGGUCGUGUGUGAUCUGGACGCUGCGUGACCGUCGGGCAUACGCCAUGAUGUCGGCGCCGGUGUUGGCCGCGUACGGCACGGCGCUCCUCGUCCUGAGCUUCUUCAGUUCUCUGCGUCUGAGUCGCUCUGAGCUGCUCCCGGCUCUGACCCCGGCCCUGGUCCAGGACCUCGACCUCCACAGCUACCACCCUGCACCCUGCCUGCACCUGGGGGCCAAGGUCAGAGGUCACACCUGGGGUCAGAGGUCACACCUGGGGGCAAAGGUCAGGGGUCACACCUGGGGUCAGAGGUUACACCUGGGGUCGGAGGUCAGAAGUUACUCCUGGGGUCAGAGGUCAGAGGUCACACCUGGGGGCAGAGGUCACACACUGCUGGAGUCAGAGGUCACACACACCUGGGGACAGAGGUUACACCUGGGGUCAGAGGUCACACACACCUGGGGUCAGAGGUUACACCUGAGGUCAGAGGUCACACCUGGGGUCAGAGGUCACACCUGGGUCAGAGGUUACACCUGGGGUCAGAGGUCACACCUGGGGUCAGAGGUCUCACCUGGGGGCAGAGGUCACACACACCUGGGGUCAGAGGUCCUCUACUGCUUCAGCUUCUGGCUGAUGUUUCGGCAGCAGCUGAAGGAGAGAGCUGAGGCCCAGAGUCUGAAAGUCGAGUCUUUGGACCAAAUCAAAGUGACCUCAGAGGAGGAGAGCCCGCCUUCCCCUCUGGUGGUGAUGUUGAUCUCUGGUGCCAAAGGGACUCUGGUCAAAUACUGGAUCCUCUUCUGCUGCUCCAUGUUCUUCGUGGUCAGUUUCUCUGGAAAGGUGGUCGUCUACAAGAUCCUUUACAUUGUGCUGUUCCUCUUCUGCGUGGUCCUCUACCAGACUUGGUUCCAUGUCUGGAGGCGUGUCUUAAAGUGGUUCUGGGCGGUGGUGGUGGGAUACUCGAUGCUUGUGCUCAUCGCCAUCUACCUUUAUCAGUUCAGGAGCGUCAGCGCCCUCUUCAGCCAGAUCAUGGGAAUGUCAGAGGACGGACUCCGGGACCUGGGUCUAGAGCGGUAUGACACAGUGGAGUUAUUUGCUCGGAUCCUACUUCCUGCUGCGUUCCUAUUGGCCUGUAUCCUGCAGCUGCAUUACUUUAACCACGACUUCCUGGUUCUCACCGACCUCCAACACGUCCCUGUGCGCCAGGAAUCCAGUGAUGAGGAGCUGCAGACUUCCAUCGCUGUGAUACGAGAAAUGUAA